AUGAUUUGGGACGAGCCUCCGGUGCGACUACUACUUCAAAAGAGCAACGCGGACGUGAUCAUUGUCUCUGCCUGCGCCUACGGUUGGGACAUCUACAAGCGUUGGGCUUUUGCAUCUACGUUUCGAUAUAUGCAGCAACUGGCCGCAAAAUGUCGCCAUCCUGAAGGAUCUCACGCUCCGGUCGCAGGCGUUCAGGAUUCGUCAGGGGGUUACAUUUCCCAACAGACAUCGGAAUUUCCAGAGCCUGUAGCAUCCAAGUCGGCCGCACCAGUGGAUGUAGCUCCUAACCAGCUCUUGCAAUUAUUGCCAACAAAGGGUCAGUUUGAUCCUCCCUUUGCCCAUCAAGAUGGGGCUGGCAUCUUUUCAGUUCCAGACUGGUCCUUUCCUCCUUCGGGUGCAGUCGACAGGUUAUGUCAGGUCCGGCAGGCUCUGACAGCCAAACUUUUCGAGAUGAAAGCUCCUCUUCGGCUUCGAGAGCAUGUCGCUUCAAAGUCAGAGCAACCCCUUUUCUCGGAUCAGGAGGUUUCAGAGUUUCGAGCAGUAUUCCAGGAGUUCCUGGAGGCCUCAUCAGGGCGAAAGGUGGGCUGGUCGGUGAAACCUCACCAACCCUACGCUCUCCAGGCUCUGCGCCAACCCGACACAUCAUUGUUUCCUUCGUUAUUGGAGGGAGCCCCGUCAGGCUUGGCAGGCAUCACCUUCCAAGGCCGCACUUUCUUCUACAGGGUGAUGCCGUUCGGCAUGUCUUGCAGCGCAUAUUGGUGGCAGCGGUUAUCAGGCUUCCUGGUCAGGACAUGGCACGGCGGUCUUCUAUGGCUGAGUCACUUCCUGAGCAGUGCCUUGGACAUAUCGGCAUGCCUAAUCCUGGCCUUCGCAGCCGUCUUCGGAGUGCGCCUUUCGUGGCCCAAGUUACAACUGGGGUCCUCAGUGGUUUGGAUUGGAUGGAGCCUGAAUUACAGGGCAGGGACGGUUCAGGUCACGGCAACAAAGAAAGAGAAACUGUCACGAGUUCUUCGCCCACUCCUGGGGGAGGGCAGAGUGGAGCUCCGGGAUCUUCAGAAAGCUCUGGGCCUCUGGGCUUACUGCAGUGGCUCACGCAGCUACAUGUGGAGCUGCGUCCGUGGUUGUCAGUUCUCUAUGAUGACGCUGCUCGCUUGCUUGAACGAUACACUGAUCUUCAUUACCGUCCCACUGACCUCCAAACGGAUUUGGCUCCGAAUUACAGAUCCACAGUCACGCUUCCGUCGGCUCUCCAAACUGAGUCGAAAGCUGCUGCUUUUCUGGCAUGAAUGGAGCCAGGCCUACCACUUUCAUGAAUGCUUUCAUCUGCCGCCGAGACAUCUGGAUUGCGUGAUGGCGGCGGACGCCUUUGCUUCGGGUGAGGAGCUGGGUAUUGGCGGCUUCAUCGAGAUUUCUGGCUCACAACCUGUUUUUUGGUUCAGCGAACGAUACCGCUUAUCCGACUUCAAGUAUUUGGAUCUGCCUCUACAUCAGGACGCGCAGAGGGACAUAUCCUGCUGGGAGACUCUUGCUCAGGCUCAGGUGGGCCUAAUGCUUCUGUUUUCUCACUUGUGCCCUGGUGGACGAAUUAGACUCACGCUCCCAUCCUUCUCGGACAAUACAGGAGCAGAAGCAGUUUGCGCAAAACUCCUGACGACGAAGUCCCCACUUUGCUUCUUCGCGCAGCUGGUAGCUAUGGUCAGCACUCGUCUGGGCAUCUCUCUGGACGUUCAACACAUAUCUGGCGAGCGGAACGAGGACGCUGACUUGCUGUCCCGAUGGGAUGGAAUAGCUCCUCUGGCUCCUCUUGGAGAGCAUUGGGAUCUCGACAUGCGAUAUCGCUUUUCAGUUCAAGAUUUCUUCGAUCAGCGGCAUGAUGUCCGGCUAUUUCCUUCGGAUGCCAGACUCCUUUGGAAGCUGCCGCGCUGA